CCGGUGAAUUUUUCACUCUGACGGUGUACCAUCUUUCGUAGUGGUCCAGUUCCUUAACUUCCCAGCGGUCUUUCACUUCCAUUUUCCAGUUCUGAAAUCAAGAUAUGGAUACUUCUUCAGCUAAAGUUGCUCAUCAUUUCCAACGGGAAUUUUGCACAGUGGACCAUCUUCCACCAUUGGAAUUUCCACCAGUUGCUCGUUUUUCCACUAGUGUUUCAUCACUUCACCAGCGCCCUGGCAUUCCAUUUGUGGUAUUCCACCUCCCGCCAAUGGUAAUUCCCACCAGUAUUUCCCACGGUGCUCUUGCUUCCAGCACGGCCGUCUUCCACCAGCUCCUGGCUUUUGCACCCAAACUAAUGUACAUAGCUUAUAUCACGUGCGCGACGCGCACCACCGCAGAUCGUGCCAAGACUCAUACAACUAGCGCCAUCUUGAGGCCCCGCUUCUCAAACUGGUGCAGUUCUGCACCACGCUCGUAAUCCAGACAGACAUUUUAGGGACAUUUUAGGGAGGCCCUGCCAGUGAUGUCCUUCGACGGUCACAUGGACUCGUCACCCGUAGACUGCAGCAAGGGGUGCUGGUGGCGCAUUCCUGCCCCAAACCGCUGGCCCACGUUAGGACCACCACCAGUCCUAAAACCAAAACACC